CUUAAACAUAUUUCGUUUCACCUGGACAAAAGCUACUACAAUUGUUCAUUAGAUACAAUGUCUGUCGAAUACCCGGCAUAUGUUGACGGUAAACCUCCAGUUCUCACUCUUUCACAAUACGAUUUGGCCUCGUGGGCUCCUUCUACUUGUGUUGACAGAAGAGAUGGUGGUUAUUACAUAGUUGUUACUGAAAAGCCAGAUACUGUUGUUGCUAAGGUUGAUGAUAAUGAUAAAGAUACUUUGGAUGCAAUUUUCCAAAGUGCUCAUGCUGAUUAUUCCAAUCAGCUUAAUGAACAGAAGUAAAGCAGCUAAAGUUUAGUUAAGAUUGUAUAUUUUUACAAUAAAUCAAUUUUUUGUUUAACUAAAUGAAAUGUAAAUGCAAUUGGUAUAUAAAACGUC